AAACUAUCCUAAAACUCUUGUGUGCAUUUAGUUGAUGUUCAGAGGGGCAGCAACUUAUCACCCGCGGCUCCUUUCCGUUGUUGGGGUUUUAUUUUCGCUGUUUGGUUUUUGAAAGUUAUCCGUUCAUCUUGAGGAGGAAAUCAACAUUUGAACUUUCCCCCCCCCUCCCCUUCAUCAUACACAGGAUAGAAAUGCUGCCGGACGCUUACGGCUGCGCUGUGGCAAACAGGUUCGGGAAUCUUCUGGAUGACGAUGCUGACCCGUUCGACCUGAUCAGCAAAGUGGAAACGGAGAAAAAGAAAAACAAGAAAGAAGGAGAUGAUAAGAAAGGCAAGCAGAAGAAACCUGGUCAUAAGGAAUCACAGAAGGACAGACGCCUCCCCAUGGCGUCGAAUAGUCAAGACCCCAUCCCCGUCCGCAAGCAGCAGCAGGCACGUCCUGGACCUGUGAUGGAGAGCGGAGAUGGCAGAGAGGAGGCCCACAGUGGCACAAAGAGGGCUGCCUUUGGGGACCGUAGUACCACCCAAGUGGACUACCCUCAGGAGUUUUCCGUCUCUCAGCCUUCCUACAAUGUGGACUCUGACUUUAGAGGCAGAGGGGGCUUCAGAGGUAGGAGAGCACCAAGGGGUGGAGGAGGGUACACGAGGAACCCUGACAACUUCAACCUGCGAGGCAAAAGAGAGUAUGAUCGACACAAUGGAACCGGUAUCUCUCCUGAGGAGAAGAGAGGGGGCAGAGGACCCUGGAACUGGGGCUGUGUUGAUGAAGCUGGAGGCGAACUAAUGGAAGUGACGUCUGAUACUCCAGUCAAAUCUGAGGAACCCAAAAUACCUGUGGAGGAGGAGAAUCAGGCAAUAGAAGUAGAUGGCGAGAUGGUGGUCCAGGUUGCCAUGGAAAUGACCCUGGAUGAGUGGAAGGCUCUGCAGGAGGUCAGUCGUCCCAAGGCGGAGUUUAAUAUCCGCAAAGCAGAGAGCGCGAUUCCCUCCAAAGCCAAGGUUAUCCACCAGUCAAAACACCUGGAGAACCUCAAAGAGAGUCCUGAAGACUCCAUGGAAGAUGAUAGCCACUUCCUCCGUAGGUCUGUGAACGACAUCACCUCCCUUUUGGACAUCAAUUUUGGGAGUCUCGGGCGCCCCAGUCGUGGGGGUCGGGGAAGAGGACGAGGUGGUCAGACUAGUCGUCCAGAGAGAGCCAAACCCAUAAUGGAGAGGGAAAAUGAUCCAGCUCCAAACCCGAAUGACCCAGAAGACUUCCCAGCACUAUCUGCUGGAAUUUAGCUGAAAUCACAUCUUGGUUUACCUCCUGUGGGGAAUAAAGGUUGCACUUCACACUAGCUAAAAAAAAAUAUAACAGUUUAUAUGUUUCUGCUGUUCUUAAGGUUUGGGGUUUUAUUUUGUUCUGUUGCACUCAAGGCGCACUGUUUGACUUCUGAAGAAUAAACGCUUUUGCAAGUUUA